CCCAAGAAGCAGCAACGCCCCUCACUAUAAAUUCGGAGCUGCCUCCUCGCCGAUGAUUCCAGCGCCUGACACCCAGGACCCCAAGCAGCAGCGAGUGUGACAGGACGUCUGGACCGGCGCGCCGCUAGCAGCUCUGCCAGGCCGCGGCGGUGAUCGAUAGGGAGCGGCUGGAGUGGACCCGGCGAGUGAGGGCGCACAGCCGGGACGCCGAGGCUGCGGGCGGGAGACCCGCACUAACGCAGCCGGCCCUCGGCGGGACGUGACGCAGAGUCCGGGGCGCGGGUUUGAUAUUUGACAAAUUGAUCUAAAAUGGCUGGGUUUUUAUCUGAAUAACUCACUGAUGCCAUCCCAGAAAGUCGGCACCAGAUGAAAAAAAACUGAGGGUCAUGUUCAGAGAAAUUCGAUGACUUACCCAGAGCCACACAGAUUUGUACAUGGCAAAGGAGGAUUCCAUUUCAAGUCUUUCAACCCCAAAUUCAUCUUCCUUCCCUAAGGGGAAAUGGUGCUAUGGAACUCAUGUAAGCCACAGAGCUUGGAUAAAAGGAAUAGUGAGGCCCAAGUUGACACUGAGUAUUCUCUGUGAAACUCUGCAAGGAGCAACAUGUGAUUUCACAGAAAUUAGUCUCGAUACACUAUUUUCAUAGCUGGCAUGCCGUUACAAGAGAAUGCUCAGCCAUGUUCAUCUGGGGACCUGCUCCUGGUAGAGCAAUAGGAUCUGUGUGCCCAGCACCACUGCCCACCUAGCUGUCCUGUCCUGUGCCCAAUGCUGACCUUCACCUCAGAGUGUGGCUGUACCACAUUCGGUGAUGUCACUCUCACUGAACCUUCAGCCUCCUUCCUGGGACUUCCUAAUGGACUCUUAUCCAGGGCAGAAUGUGUUGAUUUUCUAAAUCACAUAAAUGAAUAGCUUGACUGUUGAUUAUGUAGAAAAUCAGAGCAAAUAUUUGCAUGGCUUUGUGCAGCUCAUUGCUAAGCAUCUGAUUCUCCCCAGAAUUCUAAAAAACCUGCUGCUUUCCCAAGCCCUCAGUAAAGACAUGCUUUCUUGAUAAUCCUGGCCAAACCUAUUCAUUUGACGUCUUUGUUACACAAAUGGUUAACCACAGAGUUAACUUCAGAAAUGGCUGGCAGGUAUGAAGGUUAGAAGAUUCAUGCACUUUUGCUAGACUGAAUUGGAAGUUAAAGAAUAAGUAGUUACUGACUGCAGCAGCCUGGAAAACCAUGGAAAAAAAUCCUAUUCCUCAAAGUCGAGCCCUACCUCCUAUGCCUCUUAAAUCAGUUGCCACAGUGACCAAUUUCUCAGUCACCUAAAGGCAGCUAUUCUGACCACUUAAGGGAGAAUACUUAUAAUCUUUAUACCUAAGUAAAGAUUGUGAGAGGAAAGAAAUGGUUUAAAGAAUAUGAAUGUGUCACACUUCUGAGGUUAAUGAUAAAUGAAUUGGUCCUGCUUACCUCAGGAAAAACUUUCAAGUCUUUCUGAAAAACUAAUUUAAUUCAGUAGUAUUUUCUAAAUUUAGGUUAUGUUUUUAAUCAAUUUGGAAACCAAGAUUUACUUAUGGAAAAAAAGGAAAAUGACCUAGAUAGGUUUAUUCACAUAGAACCCCAAUUUCACUUCUCUGGAUGAUACCAUUUUCUACAAAAGCAGUUAUGUUCUAAAAUUUAAAUGUGCUUUCUUAGGCUUUAUCAGUUCACAGUGUUUCCUUAAGAAAUAUGAUCCAGUAUUUUUUUCCUAAGACUAAAGUUGAGUUACUACAUUUAUGACUGAGAAAUGAAUGUUUGUUUGUUUGUUUACAACAAGAAUUUUUUUUUUUACCAUUUUAUUUUUAUUUUCCCCAGGUGCAUUUGAUAUAGUGUUUGCAACAAAUUCGACCCAGGCGAUCAAAAGAUCAAAAUGAUUCUCAACUCUUCUACCGAAGAUGGUAUUAAAAGAAUCCAAGAUGAUUGUCCCAAAGCUGGAAGGCAUAAUUACAUAUUUGUCAUGAUUCCUACUUUAUACAGUAUCAUCUUUGUGGUGGGAAUAUUUGGAAACAGCUUGGUGGUGAUAGUCAUUUACUUUUAUAUGAAGCUGAAGACUGUGGCCAGUGUUUUUCUUUUGAAUUUAGCACUGGCUGACUUAUGCUUUUUACUGACUUUGCCACUAUGGGCUGUCUACACAGCUAUGGAAUACCGCUGGCCCUUUGGCAAUUACCUAUGUAAGAUUGCUUCAGCCAGUGUCAGUUUCAACCUGUACGCUAGUGUGUUUCUACUCACGUGUCUCAGCAUUGAUCGAUACCUGGCUAUUGUUCACCCAAUGAAGUCCCGCCUUCGACGCACAAUGCUUGUAGCCAAAGUCACCUGCAUCAUCAUUUGGCUGCUGGCAGGCUUAGCCAGUUUGCCAGCUAUAAUCCAUCGAAAUGUAUUUUUCAUUGAGAACACCAAUAUUACAGUUUGUGCUUUCCAUUAUGAGUCCCAAAAUUCAACCCUCCCGAUAGGGCUGGGCCUGACCAAAAAUAUACUGGGUUUCCUGUUUCCUUUUCUGAUAAUUCUUACAAGUUAUACUCUUAUUUGGAAGGCCUUAAAGAAGGCUUAUGAAAUUCAGAAGAACAAACCAAGAAAUGAUGAUAUUUUUAAGAUAAUUAUGGCAAUUGUGCUUUUCUUUUUCUUUUCCUGGAUUCCCCACCAAAUAUUCACUUUUCUGGAUGUAUUGAUUCAACUAGGCAUCAUACGUGACUGUAGAAUUGCAGAUAUUGUGGACACGGCCAUGCCUAUCACCAUUUGUAUAGCUUAUUUCAACAAUUGCCUGAAUCCUCUUUUUUAUGGCUUUCUGGGGAAAAAAUUUAAAAAAUAUUUUCUCCAGCUUCUAAAAUAUAUUCCCCCAAAAGCCAAAUCCCACUCAAACCUUUCAACAAAAAUGAGCACGCUUUCCUACCGCCCCUCAGAUAAUGUAAGCUCAUCCACCAAGAAGCCUGCACCGUGUUUUGAGGUUGAGUGACAUGUUUGAAACCUGUCCAUAAAGUAAUUUUGUGAAAGAAGGAGCAAGAGAACAUUCCUCUGCAGCACUUCACUACCAAAUGAGCAUUAGCUACUUUUCAGAAUUGAAGGAGAAAGUGCAUUAUGUGGACUCAACCAACUUUUCUAAAGCUCUGAACAAAAGCUUUUCUUUCCCUUUGCAACAAGACAAAGCAAAGCCACAUUUUGCAUUAGACAGAUGAUGGCUGCUCGAAGAACAAUGUCAGAAACUCGAUGAAUGUGUUGAUUUGAGAAAUUUUACUGACAGAAAUGCAAUCUCCCUAGUCUGCUUUUGUCCUGUUAUUUUUUAUUUCCACAUAAAGGUAUUUAGAAUAUAUUAAAUUGUUGGAGGAGCAACAGGAGAUGAGAGUUCAAGAUUGUUCGGUCCAAUUUCCAAAGGGCAGUAAAGUUUUUGUGCCUGUUUUUAGCUAUUAGCAACUGUGCCACACUUGCACCUGGUACUGCACAUUUUGUACAAAGAUUUGCUAAGCAGUAGUCGUCAAGUUUGAGAUCUUUUUGUGAAAUUCAACCUGUGUCUUGUAGGUUUACACUGCCAAAACAAUGCCCGUAAGAUGGCUUAUUUGUAUAAUGGUGUUACUAAAGUCACAUAUAAAAGUUAAACUACUUGUAAAGGUGCUGCACUGGUCCCAAGUAGUAGUGUCUUCCUAGUAUAUUAGUUUGAUUUAAUAUCUGAGAAGUGUAAAUAGUUUGUGGUAAAAAGAUUAUAUAUCAUAAAGUAUGCCUUCCUGUUUUAAAAAAGUAUAUAUUCUACACAUAUAUGUAUAUGUAUAUCUAUAUCUCUAAACUGCUGUUAAUUGAUUAAAAUCUGGCAAAGUUAUAUUUACUUUAAAAUAAAAUAAUUUUAUUACAA